CUUUUCAUUUAUUGCCAUUUAAUUCUUCCCUUCCUCAAAAUUGGGCCUUGGUCCGAAGACGGACUUUGGGCCUCAGUCCAUUUCUUCCUUGCUGCCAUUGGCGGGAGUUCAAAAAACACAGAAAUAUUCUUUAGCCGAUAAUUCCACAGAAAUGUGAACAAUAAAUUCUCCUUUAUUUUAAGCAGCAGAAGAUACUCGAAAAAUUGGAGUACAGAUUUAGCGAAACAAGAAAUUGGAGUACCUGCUCUUCCUCUCAAGCUAUGGAUCUUGCUAAUCUCCGAAGUCGAAUUUCGGAACUCGGAAACGUUAAUGGAGAUUCCGUACUCGGCCCCGACGAGGAGGAGAAGUUGCUGAACCACGUCGCAUUCGAGCUUGAGAGCAAAAUCAAUUGGAUUUUUUCGGAGUGCUCUUCGAAUUUAAAUUCAUUUUCAAGUGGAGAACUUGAUGAAUUCUUCGGGGAAUUGAAGAAAGAGGUGGGUGAAGUCGAGGGCGAAAAUGCCGGCAUAGAUGCUGAAAUUGAGGACCUUCAAAGGAGAUGUGUGGAAGAUUGUGAUAAAAUGGAGAGCGAGCUGGAGAAAUUACGUUGUUCGUUGGAGCUUAUCGAGUCGCAGAAUUCUCAGAGAGAAAAAGAGGAUAUGCAAAUAGAUGUCUCUUGCCUUACAGAUGAUCAGACUGACUUUUCGGACAAACGUGGCUCGAGGUUUAAGAUGUUAGAACUGAGUCGGCAGAUUGAGACGAACACGACGACUUUGAAGACAUUGCAGGAUCUUGAUGCUACUUUUAAAAGGUUUGAAGCUGUUGAGAAAAUCGAGGACGCAUUGACAGGUCUUAGAGUAAUUGAAAUUGAAGGAAACAUCAUCAGAUUAUCGUUGAAGACGUGCAUCCCAUAUUUAGAAACUGUGCUGCGUCAGCAAGAAAUAGAAAACAUAAUCGAACCACUAGAAAUGAACCACGAAUUGGUAAUCGAAACCAUGGAUGGAACCUGCGAAUUAAAGAGUGCUGAGAUCUUGCCUAAUGAUGUAUACAUUGGUGAAGUUAUUGACGCUACAAAAAGUUGCAGGCAGACAUUCUCAAUUACUGAAACCAGGUCUUCGUUGGAGUUUUUCGUGAGAAGGGUGCAAGACAGAAUUGCUCUUUCCUCACUUAGACGAUUCGUGGUCAACAAUGCAAAUAAAUCAAGGCACUCGUUUGAGUACCUCGACAGAGAAGACAUAAUAGUAGCUCAUGUGGUGGGUGGUGUCGAUGCUUUCAUAAAGUUGCCUCAAGACUGGCCAUUAUCAUAUUUGCCGUUGGAGCUAAUAUCUCUCAAAAGCACGACUCGGAACUCUAAAGAAAUUUCGUUGAGCUUCCUCUGCAAGAUUGUGGAAGUGGCAAACUCGUUGAGCGUGCACUUGCGGCGGAAUAUGUCGAGCUUUGCUGACAGUAUUGAAGAGACACUCUUGCAACAAAUGCGUGCACAACUCCACCCAGCCGAUAGUACUGUUUCGGCAAAGUAGUGACUAUUUUAACAACUCUCUCCGAAUCGAAGUUCGUUGUUCAAUCAGAGUGAGAAUCGAAUUAUGUAUCAGGUUUUUUUCUUAAAUUAAUACAGUUAGGACGAUUAAACGGUUGUUUUGUAAAGCUGCAGGGAUUUGUUCUGUAAUUUCACUGUUCAACGCAAACAGU